AUGGCGUCGUUUCAUCAAUCCUGGAGCUUCGUGCUCUCACUUCUCUUCGCUGCCACGGCGUACGCGGCGUCCUUACAACAAGUGACGAACUUUGGGGAGAACCCUAGCAAUGCAUUGAUGAACAUUUGGGUUCCUGACAAACUUGCUCCGAAUCCUGCUAUACUUGUCGCACUGCAUGGCUGUAUGCAGACAGCGCAGGCAUACUACAGCAGCACAAAAGAGUAUACGCAAGCUGCUGACCAGCGAGGGUUUAUCGUCAUCUAUCCGGGAGCGAAUAAUCGAGAACGAUGCCAUGACGUUGCCACGACGGCCAGUUUGACGCACAAUGGCGGAAGCGACAGCUUGGCCUAUGUCAACAUGGUCAAGUACGCUAUUCAAAAGUACAACGCCGAUCCGGAGAGGGUGUUCGCAUCUGGUUCGUCUUCAGGGGGAAUGAUGACGAACGUCCUCUGCGCCGUGUACCCGGAUGUCUUUGCCGGCGGAGCACCCAUAUCCGGCGUACCUGCUGGAUGCUUAGCAGGUUCGCCAGGGUCUGGCCCUUUGUCCGCUGAUCCAGACUGUGCAGCGGGGAAGAUCAUCAAAACGCCGCAGCAGUGGGGUGAUCAGGUUAGAUCCUUUUACCCGGGAUAUAAUGGGACGUAUCCCCGGGUGCAAGUGUGGCAUGGGACUAGCGAUCGACUGGUGACAUAUCCGAAUUUAGAGGAGACAUUGAAGCAGUGGAGUAACAUUCACGGGGUUCAGCUUACGGAGCAAGUUCCUAACACACCACAACGGUCGUACACCAAGCUGAUAUAUGGCGAUGGAACCAAGUUGGUCGGUUACAGCGCUCAGGGGGUAGGACACACUGUUCCUGUCCAUCCUGUGCAAAUCCUUGAAUUCUUUGGAUUGUAA